AGGAGGAGAACAUUUCCCCAGCUCUGGCCAGGUCUGCCCUGCACUCCGUCCUUAGGAUGAAGUUCUAACUGAACUGAAGGAAGGAACCCUGAAAGCUUGGAGAGUAGAAACUGAGCUCCAUUGAGUUUUCUUGGCUGUAAUCUCUACGGAAGCAGAUCAUCAGGCCUUUCUUCUGCGGCACUGCUGUGUGAAUUGCAACAGCCAAUCCUUUAGGUCCUGAACCUCUUCCAACCAAAACACAACUUGCUCGCCUGAGCUGAAGAGCUUUGCCCACACUCGAAAACAUCCUGCCAGGGCAAGCCAGCUCCAAGCCCUGGAUCAGAGAAUCACCUCACCUGUAACAUGAGCCGAGUUCGGGAUGCUGGCUGCGUUGCUGCAGGGAUAGUUAUUGGAGCCGGCACCUGGUACUGUGUGUACAAAUAUGCCAGGGGAAGAGACCAGAAGAAGAAGAGACUGGUCAAGGUCAAGGCCAGGGCCGUGGCUGGGACUGGAGCCAAGGCUAGAGCCGGGCUAAAGGCAGGAUUCACAAUUGACCUUGGGUCUGGAUUUGGUCCUCCAACGCCAGUUCUGGCUGAGACCAAGAACAGAGCCACCCAGGAUGAAACCUCUGCACUGGACACAGCUGGAGCUGAGGGAGUGGUUCUAGCUGCGGCCAGUGCUGAGGCCCAGAAUGGUGCAGGAAGUCAGGCCCAGGAGGCCAAUGGGGCCAGAGAUGGCUCUAAGGCUGAAUCAGCAGUACCUACUGCGGUAUCUUCUGAAACAGCACCACCUUCCAGGGACACAGAGGUUCCUGGGGCUACAGAGGCUCCCACAAUGCCGUUGGCUCCCAAAUUGGCAGAAGCCCCUAGCGAGGCUGAGGCCCCCAUAGCUGUACCCCCAGAGGCAACAGAAGCUGUUGAGGCUCCCACAGCUGCAACACCUACUGAAGUGGUGGAGGCUCCGAAGGUGGCAGCACCCAGUGAGGUGACAGAGACCCCCAGAACAACAGCGUCUACCAGGGCGGCAGCACCUCCCAAGGCUGCGGAGGCUCCUGGGGUUUCCGGGGCUUCUAAAUCAGCUGCAGUUCCUGAAACAGCAGCAGCCAAGAGAGCGACCCCUGGAGCACACACUGGGGCUAUCCCUAAGGCUGGGUCAGCCACUGGAGCUGUCCCCAAAGGUGGGGCCAAUGGUGGAAACAAGUCCAGGUCUGGAGGCAAAGGCAAAGGCAAGGGAAAGAAAAAUAAAGCUGAAGUAGAUGAAUUGGGAUUGGGCUUCCGACCUGGAGAUGGGGUGGCAGUAGCGGCUGCUGCCUCAGCUAAUGGGGGAAAGGCUUUCCUGGCGGAGAUACCUGAUUCUGAGGAAGGGGAGUCCGGAUGGACUGAUACAGAGUCUGAGUCAGACUCUGAGCCUGAGACCCAACACAGGGGAAGAGGGAAGAGACCCAUUCCCGUGACGAAGCGCCCCUUCCCUUAUGAAAUCGAUGAGAUCCUGGGUGCUCGAGACCUCAGGAAAGUCCUUACCUUACUUCAGAAAACAGAUGAUCCUUUCAUCCAACAGGUCGCUCUGCUCACCCUGAGCAACAAUGCCAAUUACUCAUGCAACCAAGACACAAUUCGAAAAAUAGGAGGCCUCCCCAUAAUUGCAAACAUGAUCAACAAAACCGACCCACACAUUAAGGAAAAAGCCUUAAUGGUCAUGAAUAACCUGAGUGAGAAUUAUGAAAAUCAGGGCCGCCUUCAGGUCUACAUGAAUAAAGUGAUGGAUGACAUCAUGGCCUCUAAUCUGAACUCAGCGGUGCAGAUAGUUGGGCUGAAGUUUUUAACAAACAUGACCAUUACUAAUGACUACCAACACCUACUUGUCAAUUCCAUUGCAAACUUUUUCCGUUUAUUAUCUCAGGGAGGUGGAAAAAUCAAGGUGGAGAUUUUGAAAAUACUGUCGAAUUUCGCUGAAAAUCCAGACAUGCUAAAAAAACUGCUCAGUACCCAAGUGCCAGCAUCCUUUAGUUCACUCUAUAAUUCUUAUGUAGAAUCAGAAAUUCUUAUCAAUGCCCUCACUCUAUUUGAGAUCAUCUAUGACAGUCUCAGAGCAGAAGUAUUCAGCUACAGAGAAUUCAAUAAAGGCUCCCUGUUUUUCUUAUGCACGGCAUCUGGGGUGUGCGUGAAGAAAAUCCGGGCCUUAGCAAAUCACCAUGACCUCUUGGUGAAAGUGAAAGUGAUCAAAUUAGUCGAUAAAUUCUGAUGGGCUGUGUACCCUCCAAGACCUUGAAGGCUGUUCUUGGUUUGGCUGUCUGGAAGCAUUGAGAAUGGAAAGUUACUGCUUUUGCACUUUGCUCAAUUGGUAAAGGGAUCUUUUUAGCUGCCAGUUUUGAAUAAUGUAUCAUCCAGCGUGAUCUUAUCUGUGACAGUCUCCAGCUUUAAACGGAACCAUUUUAUGAAUACCAAAUACAUAGUCCUCUUGUACUGAAAAUACAUGUGUGAGUUUUAUCGUGCCGCUUCAAUGGAAGUAUUUUUACCAGCUUCUGUAUGUGAACGACAGCAAACCUGUCCGUCAUGAAUAGACUCCAUUUCCAUUAUUUGGUUUGACUUGAAUUUAUCACCAAAGACGUCAUUUGUGUAUCAUCAAUAAAGUUGUAUGUUCAA